ACUCCUUCUGGGUGCAUGGUGGAGGUCGCCUUCUUCCCUAUCUCUUGCACUGCUUCCCAGAGACAAGGCCUCAACCUGUGUCUCCCCCUCCCUCUAUUCGUCUCCUCGUGAGAGAAGGGCUUUUCUUUGUGCAACCUUAGCCGCUACACCAACAAGUUUCAGCCUGCGUUGCCUUCCAUAUGUUGGCUUAGAGAGAGAGGGGGGGCGGAGAUAUAUGCAUCUUCCUCUGUUGCUCAAUCUAAAUCCAUGCGCAUGCACAAUCCGAGAGAAGACACGGUUGCUUCUCGAGUGUAUCGAUCACCUUCGGUGGCAGACGUGUGAAGGUCGGGUUUCUCACGAGAGGACAUAGCCUUGACAGAUUGAAAGUGCAUGUUAAGGCGACGCUGGAGACCUCGAGGCGCUGAGCGCAGAGCUUUUUUCGGAUAAUGAGGAAGGGAACAGAUCUUUUAAGGAGGAGAUCAAGGUGUUCUUCAGAAGCCAGGGCUUAAGAACCGCUGACAACUCUGUAGAGGGCCAGUAGAUUGGUGUUGCGUUUGAUCGGUCGCCCGAGGAAGGAACCCCCCCAGAAAUCAAGGAAGGAUGAGAAAGGAUUGUGCAGGAAACGGUCCUCCAUCAGACAUGGAGCUAAUGAAGGAGAAGUUUGCGAAGCUUCUUCUCGGUGAGGACAUGUCAGGUGGAGGAACAGGAGUUUCCUCAGCUCUUGCUCUCUCUAAUGCCAUCACCAAUCUUGCAGCUUCUGUCUUCGGAGAGCAGCGGCGCUUGGAACCCAUGCCAGAGGAAAGGAAGGCAAGGUGGAGAAAAGAAGUCGAUUGGCUCUUAUCCGUCUCUGACCAUAUCGUGGAAUUUGUUCCCUCACAGCAGGUUUCAGGAGAUGGAAAGAGCAUGGAGAUAAUGAUAACUCAGCAACGCAAAGAUCUUCGCAUGAACAUUCCUGCCUUGAGGAAGCUCGACGCAAUGCUCAUCGAGUACCUCGACAACUUCAAGCAGAAGAACGAGUUCUGGUAUGUGUCCAGGGAUGCGGAUGAGUCUGAGAAGGGGAACGUGCAGAGGACCGAUGACAAGUGGUGGCUCCCUACCGUGAGAGUCCCCCCCGGUGGGUUAUCAGAGGCCUCAAGAAAAUGGAUUCAGCAUCAGAAGGAGCUGGUGAACCAAGUGCUCAAAGCAGCUAUGGCUAUCAAUGCCAAUGUUAUAAUGGAAAUGGAGAUUCCAGAAGACUACAUCGAAUCCCUCCCAAAGAACGGAAGGUCAAGCCUCGGAGAAACCCUCUACAAGAACAUCACCGACGAGGAUUUCGAUGCCGAAACAUUCCUUGCAUCCGUAGACCUGUCCACGGAGCACAAGAUCCUGGACCUCAAGAACCGGAUCGAAGCAUCGGUCGUCAUUUGGAAGAGGAAGAUGAACAACAAGGACGCCAAGUCGACGUGGGGUUCGGCUAUAAGCUCGGCUAUUAGCAUGGAGAAACGAGAACAGUUCGAAGACAGAGCAGAGACGAUCUUACUCAUCCUCAAGCACAGAUUCCCCGGCAUCCCCCAAUCAGCACUGGACAUAAGCAAGAUUCAGUACAGCAAGGACGUGGGAUACUCGAUCCUGGAGAGCUACUCCAGGAUUCUGGAAAGUCUAGCUUUCACCGUGAUGUCGCGGAUAGAAGAUGUUCUCCAUGCAGACUCCGUUACUCGAGAUCAAAGUCUUGAUGGCUCCAAGACGAGCCCUUCGGUGGCAGAUUCGGAGCCAACUGCAGGAAUAGCGACGCCGCUUGAUCCAGCAGAGGAGAUCGAUAAGCUUAAUAACAUGGAAGCCAACAAUUCCAUGACGCUGUCGGAUUUCAUGGGCUGGCAAUUCGAUAUCGACACCCAGACAAAGAAGGAAGACGAAGAUGGAAAGCUGGUGAAACAGCCUCCAAGCAUUGUGGUGGCCAACAACAAGCUUUCCAACUUAGAGAAGUUAGAGACAUGGGAGGCUUGAGCUUUCAAGAAGCCCACAGAAAAGACGAGAGAGAGAGAGAGAGAGAGAGAGAGAGAAGAGAUGCAUUUUACAGAGAUUUUGUACCAUAAGUUUCUUGCUUUAUGAAGAUCGAAGAGCAUUAUAUGGAUUUUUUUUCCUUACUUUGACACAGAAAUUUUUUGAGAAAAUAAGGUUCAUUCCAUCAAA